CUUAUAAAGUACAUUGACUGGAUUUCUGUUUCUGUGAUUUAUUGAGAAAGAUAGGGCAUUCUAGUUUUAGUGAAAUGUGAAGAUUUAAGGUCAGAAUAGGAAACAAUGGAUGUGCGCGAAAUACAAAGAUAGUGAAACCUGUAUCGAACACCUGUUUAUAAAAGGCUUCCCAAAUCGCAAAGGAAAUUCUAAUAAUUCUUGAAGUAUAUAAAACCGAUCACUACUCAAUACUACUCAAAAUACAAACAACGCGAGUAAAACCCAACAAAAUACACGAAAACAUGUCUAAAAUCGACAUGAAACAAAUAAUAAUAGUUGCUGAAUUAAGACGAAAUAACUGAUAUAGUAGAUCCACAAGUCGCUAUAGACAAACAUGAAAAGCAUAAGUAUGUUGAAGCAUGCAGGGUAAGAAUUUCAAAAAAUGAAAAUAUAUGAAAGGAAAAAUCCGAUAAGACAAGGUAUAAUAAACUCAACAAAUAACAGAUAAAGUGUUACUUUAGCAAAUGCACCUAAUUAAAUAAAACCCUAAAAAAAACAUUAAGAACCAAUCGACAAGAACCUUGUAACAAUAAACGAAAUUUUAAACCCGUAGAAAAUCAUAAAAUAGAUAGUGUAAACGAACUUAGCAGAUUCUUUGUUAACGUAAUUAAAAAAAUACAAAUACAAAAAUGCAACAGUAAAAACACUUUUUCUUAAAUCGAUCUAUAUCAUAGAAUUAAACAGAUAUAUUACCAAACUUAAUACAAAGCUACCGAGUCCGAUGAAAAUUCGGCAUCGUUGCUGCACAUAUUCGAUUGAUGAGGUUUUGCAAGAAAGCAGUAGUGAAUAGCCGUAUUACUAGUGCGCUCUGUUAACAUUAGCGAAAAGGUGCGGAAAAAAUUGAGGCACCGACGCCAAAAUUGGCAUAAACGGGCCCCAAAAGACAAACAGUGAACUGUUCAAAUUUUACCAAAUUGGGCAAAAAGCAAAGACGGAAAUCAGUGGGGCAUAAAUAAGACCGAGUGGCCUACGGAGAUUGGGUGCGGUCGGCAGCCGACGUGGUGAGUCACGCUUACUCUGCAAGCCCAAAAUAGCUUGCAAGCAGCAAACCGGCAACCGGCUCAUAUCGAUGUAUAAGCGUAUAAGGUACAAGUAUACAAGUGCAAAUGCGCAAGCGUAAAUAAAACACUGAUAUGAAAAUAUGGACAAGAACCGAAUCGAAUAAAAGGUCAGAAGAAAAAAUUUACCGAUUCAACAAAAUAGUGAAGAAGGCUUUCAUAUCAUAAUGCUACCAAAUGUUAAUUAUUGAUCCGUUAUAAUCUGCGAUCACUGAGAAUAUAUAGAAAGUGUAGAUACUUCUCUCAUAUCCAAUGAUUAAUAUAUCUUUUCAUUAUUUAACGUUGUUUUCGGCUAUUUAACUUUUUUCGUUAAAAUCAACAAAAAAAAGUUAGAAGAAAAAUGAACAAAAAGAAAUUUACGUGAAAAAAUUGCGUAGUCCAAAUUUUUCCUAAAAGAAACUAUUUUUCUAAGUAGCUAAUUUCCCUGGAUUAUAACGAAAGAACAAAGAGCGAGAGCGAAAAAAAGCGACUUAAAGCUCUACCAAUAUCAGUGGUCAGGAAAAACAAAUCACAGACUCAGAGGAAUCAAUAAAGUGCAUUUAGUAGAAUGCAAAUCAAUUACAAAAAUUAAUAAAAUUAUACAUUCAGUCAAAGGACAUAGAAACACACAAAAUAGUUAUCGACUUACUCAAUGAAUAGGAGAUUAAAAUACUUACUUAUAGUCGGAAGUUUGGAAAGGAAAAGAAUAAAAAAAGCCAUCAUCAAAAAUAUUUACACAUUGGAGUUCAGAUUUAGGUGAAAUACAACAAUAGGUCGAAAAUAGAAAUGGCUACGACAUUAAGAAAGCAAGACCACAGUACUUUUUGUGAUGGAUGUAAAAAUUUCAAAUCUAUACAAUUAGACAUAACAACAGACAAAUACCUACAAAACCCGAAGGAGAGAUAGAACCAUCACUGCAAAGAAUCUAUCACUAUCCUUGCGAACGCAAAAAUAGAGAUGCUUAACACAUAAAGUAGGUGAAAUUCGUAUUGUAGAAAAAAUAAAUAUGGAAAACAGACUACAAACGAUAAAUGGUAGAUGCAUUCAAGAAACUGUUGGAGGAGUGGUGAUAAUCGAACUUCGUUGGGAAAUAAAAAAAUUAAAACGUAAUAGAAUUCCAAGGAUAGAUGGCAUACAAGCCAAUGCAAUCAAGAAUGUGAGACCUGCAUGCAUGGUUCAACUCAUGCAUAUUGUCAGCCACACCUUGAAACGAGGAUGUAUUCCAAACAAAUGGAAGAUUGGGGAACGAAUUUUCAUACUCAGAAAGGGAAAAGACCCCAAACAAGCCACUAGUUUUAGACCUAUCACUUUACCUAAUAUUAUGGAAAAUGUUGCUGAAAGAAUAAUCUACAUCUAAAUAGAUAAAAUGUAUCGAAGAGGUGAUGCCGCAUUUCCAACAUGGAUAAAAAACGGAGACUGCAAUGCAACUUGCGAGAACUACUAAUUGCAUAUGUGAUGCAGUGGGAAUGGGAAUGCACGUAGCAAUGGUAGUAACGGAGGCGCAGAUAACAAUAAAUGCAAUAACCGAAUUGUAUUGACACUAAACUCCGCGGAAUUAACGAUAGGCAUCCUACCCAUUUUUGACUUUAGCACAUUAAAACAAUAUACAAAACUACAGGGCAGAGUGUUCUUCCUGGUAUUGGUAGAAUGCAUACGAUUCUUAACCAAUGCACUAAACGAGAGAUAUCAGUAUCUGAUAACAGUAUACAGAUUAAUGCAGGUUUACCUCAUAAAUAGAGCAUAAACAGUUGAAAUUGGAACUUUCAAUAUUGGUACACAUGAAAUCGCGUGCGGUACCGAAGGAGACCAUGCUGAGCUCGCUGUUUUCAUAUCCAAAGGGGAAAGACCUGUUCUAUUAAAAACUCACCGAAAAAUAAUUGCCCACCAUAUGGAAUAAUCGCUUGGGGUAUUUGUUCACAAAAUGGAAUUGCCAAACUUAAGCCACUAUAGAAUCGGAUGAUAAAGGCAGUGUAUGAAUUUCAAAUCUGGUGAUUCCAUACAUCUUUAUUAUAUUAUAUAAUCCUCAUAGAACAAUUGAAGUUAAGCGUCUUAAAUGGACAGAUUAUUGUAUGAAAAAAACAUUUCAGAUGACCCACCCUUUAGACAAUGGGAGCAUACAUACAUGAUGUACGAUACCAAUUUCUGUGACAUCAAACUAUCUGAAAUAGCACCACGAUGCGACUACCUUAUUACUAAUAAAAACAAUGAAGUUGAUAUAGUUGUGUAGGUACUGAAUAAUCAUAAUACUGAAAGAUAUAAUUGUAGGAUCAGUGCUUUAGAGGGGGGAUGCAAAGCUCGUCACCGCCAAAGGGCACUAGAUUUUACGGGCGUUUCUACGCUGUGUUUACAAUGUAAACUGAAGAACAUCCUAACCGUUUGUGAAGAAGGAUGGGACACUUUGUUUUACGUUGAAAUGCAAGCGCCGCUUGAUAAGAAUACAUUUUUCCAGAAGCAAACGAGCUAGAUUGUCGUUUUUUGUUUAGUCCGGUUAUUAUUAUACUGUUAUUAUGUAUUCAAAAUGUUAUCAUUCAAAUUUUUGAAUAUAACAAGAAGCAAUACUUUUUCUCAGAAAAGAUGUGCACUUUCCAGGGUAGUGGUUGACACAGGUUUUCGAUUACCUAAGCAAAAUCCUUGUUUGCCGGAGAGCUUUUUUCAGGGUCAGUCUUAUUUUAAGCAACACUGUAAUAGAUAGUUUGCGUAACCACGUAAUGUAGAACGUACCCUUACGUAAGAGCAUUUAUGCCGUAGAUGUCUGUUUGGUACUUUAGUUUUAUAUGGCACCCUCGUACGUUGCAGUAGCAGACUGCGAAAACUUGAUGAUGGAAAUUGAAUUUUGCAUUAUACUAACCGAGAAAAAAUGGCAUCCAUUUUAAGAAAAAGUUAUACCUGCUUGAAUUCGUGAAUAUUGGCACCGACAAAUAUCAUACUAUUUAUAAUGUAUGUGUCUAUCUAAUACCUAUAGAUGAUAGGCAAUUUCUUCCAGAAACGGAAAUUCUCUAAGUCCUUUCAUUUCUGAGAUAUUUAAUGUAGCGCCAAACACUGCAAACGUCAAAUUUUCCAAGAAACGUGAAAUAAAUCAAGAACGGUGCAACCCAGAUUCAGCACGUUUUAAUAAAUUGACAUUGUGUUUUUAUGGGGAAUUCCAAAAUGUAAUAAAAAUCUGAAAAGAAUAAUUUGCCAAGAUGACGAAUGCUUAUUGUGGAGUACAUAGUUUUCUACAGAAGUAAUGCAUAAAGCGUAGAACCUUGGGGAGGGAUUCUCCUAUUCCUAAGUUAUUUUAUAGUAUUGCUUAAAGUAGUUUCUAUUGAAACCACAGUUUUGAUUUUAACAGUAUGGAAAACCAUAGUACAGCUUCAGCAGCUGACGAGAAUUCGGAAGGAUGGGAACCGGUCGGUGGACGCCAUCAGUGCAAUUCGCCGUUUUCAGAAUAUGGUAGUAGCGGAAGUUCGGAGGGACAACGUAGGCAGUCGACUCCUGGAAGUAGUCACCGUAGCAACAGUAGUCAGCAUAGUAAGAGUAGUAGUAAACGGGGAAGGGCAACGCCGCGUGCAUCUCAAACUAUGCCUUCGACGACAGUCAACAGUAGUUCCAUUUCCCAGAGACCACAGCUCCGUUUCAUUUUUUCUAUAGAACGGGACAUAAACGUGUUGGAGGCUGCCCUGAACAUCAAUCCAUUUCAGUUAGGGCGACCACGAUGGAAUAUGGUAGCGGAAGAUGUAAGGGAGCGAUGGGGCUACGUGGUUUCUGCAAGGACUUUGCGCGAGCGAGUGGAGACGCUACUAAGAAAAUUCAGAAAUGAGGAACUGACAUCAAAGAAGGGAACUGAGGAGCAACAGACACAGCGCGCAGCGUUGCUGACAGAAAUCAUAAGUAUUGUGGAAGGAGACCAAGCUGCUAUUAAUGAAGAGAAAGGCGCCGAGGAUGACCACACACCAGACGAAGAAGUUAAUAGGAACAGGCGAAGGGAGGGAGCUGUUGCCGAUAAAGAGAGGGAGGUUAUUUUACAAGAAGCUUAUCCUGACGCGGCCCCUGAGCCCAGUACGUCCGGGCAGAAGCGGCAAAAGAAUAACAAAGAAGAAAAUUUAGUCGAAUUAAAGUUGCGCCAUGACAUGGAAAUGGAACGGCGGCGUUUUGAAUUGGAGGCUGAGAUAAGAAGGGCUGAAGUAAAAAACGAAUCUAAACGGUUGCAGUUGGAGCUCGAAAGAGAAAAACGUUUGGCAGAAGACGCCGAAAGGCAAGAACGAAUGUAUAGCGCCAUGCAGACUACACUUAAUGUGGUACUGGAAAUAGUUAAAAGAAAACAAUAAACUGUUAAUCUUACUUAAGAAAUGUACUCAAUAUAUUUGUACGGUGCAAUGUUUUUUUUUUUGCU